UGGUUUGAGUCUCCGCUGGAGGAAGAGGCGGGGACUCCCUGUGUCGCCCGGUUUGGCUGUUUACCUGGCUUGGCCUGAUCUCCGGUUUCACCUGGGCUGAGAGAUUAGUUGAGUCUUGCUGUUUGGAAAGCAGCCCUCCCCCCUGCUGCCCUGAGAAGGCUUUAAGAAAUCUUGGGGAGGAUCGCUACGCUCUGUGGUCGUCUGGACUUGAUUUCACGACUCCGCCUCCCUCGCCCCACCCACUGCUGACUCUCCCCGGUGUUUUGGACCGGGCGGAAGGUGCAAGACGUGUUCAGGCUGGCGCUCAUCGCCCGAAAACUGUACUGUUAGAACGUAGCUGGGGUGUUCGCUUGUAUUUCCCUGUUGAGAAAUAUGAAGUACAAUUUGUUCCUGAAAGUUUUGUUGGAAAACGUUGUGGUGUUUGACUAUGAUAGAUUUUCGGCUUUAUCGUUAUGUUGAUUCACAAUGACAUCCUUUCAAGAAGUCCCAUUGCAGACUUCCAAUUUUGCCCAUGUCAUCUUUCAAAAUGUGGCUAAAAGUUACCUUCCUAAUGCACACUUGGAGUGUCAUUACACCUUAACUCCGUAUAUCCAUCCACACUCCAAAGAUUGGGUUGGUAUAUUCAAGGUUGGAUGGAGUACUGCUCGUGACUAUUACACAUUUUUAUGGUCUCCUAUGCCUGAACAUUAUGUGGAAGGAUCAACAGUCAAUUGUGUACUAUCAUUUCAAGGAUAUUACCUUCCAAAUGAUGAUGGAGAAUUUUAUCAGUUCUGUUACGUCACCCAUAAGGGUGAAAUUCGUGGAGCAAGUACUCCUUUCCAGUUCCGAGCCGCUUCUCCAGUUGAAGAGCUGCUCACUAUGGAAGAUGAAGGCAAUUCCGAUAUGUUGGUGGUAACCACAAAAGCUGGCCUUCUUGAGCUGAAAAUUGAGAAGACCCUGAAAGAAAAAGAAGAAUUGUUAAAGUUGAUAGCUGUUCUUGAAAAAGAAACAGCACAGCUGAGAGAACAAGUUGGAAGAAUGGAGAGAGAACUGAGCCAGGAGAAAGGGCGGUGUGAGCAAUUGCAGGCUGAGCAGAAGGGCCUUCUUGAAGUAUCACAAAGCUUGAGAGUGGAAAAUGAAGAGUUUAUGAAGAGAUACAGUGAUGCUACAGCUAAAGUUCAACAGCUUGAAGAGGACAUUGUAUCAGUGACACAUAAAGCCAUUGAAAAAGAAACUGACCUAGACAGUUUGAAGGAUAAACUCAGGAAGGCACAGCAUGAGAGAGAGCAGCUUGAAUGUCAGCUGAAGACAGAAAAGGAUGAGAAGGAGCUUUAUAAGGUACAUUUGAAGAAUACAGAAAUAGAAAAUACGAAGCUUGUGUCAGAGAUACAGACUUUAAAGAAUUUAGAUGGAAACAAAGAAAGCAUGAUUACCCAUUUCAAAGAAGAGAUUAGCAAACUGCAGUCCUGCUUGGCUGACAAGGAAAAUUUGUACAAAGCUCUCCUGCUUACAACCUCAAAUAAAGAAGAUACAUUAUUUUUAAAGGAGCAACUUCGCAAAGCAGAGGAACAAGUCCAGGCAACACGGCAAGAACAUAUCUUUCUGACUAAAGAGCUCAGUGAUGCAGUGAAUGUGCGAGAUAAAACUAUGGCAGAUCUGCAUACUGCACGCUUAGAAAAUGAGAGAGUGAAGAAGCAGCUAGCUGACACGCUGGCAGAGCUGCAGCUACAUGCUGUAAAGAAAGAUCAGGAAAAGACUGAUACACUGGAACAUGAACUGAGAAGAGAAGUUGAAGAUCUGAAACUCCGGCUUCAGAUGGCUGCAGAUCAUUACAGAGAAAAGUUUAAGGAGUGCCAGAGGCUCCAAAAGCAAAUAAACAAACUUUCGGACCAGGCAGCGAGUACUAACAGUGUCUUCACAAAGAAAAUGGGGAGUCAGCAGAAAGUGAACGAUGCUUCAAUAAACACAGACCCGGCUGCUUCUGCUUCUGCCAUGGAUGUAAAGCCAGUAACAUCAUGUGCAGAGACAGGCUUUGAUAUGUCAACAAAGGAUCAUGUCUGUGAAAUGACUAAAGAAAUUGCUGAGAAAAUAGAAAAGUAUAAGAAGUGUAAACAACUCUUGCAGGAUGAGAAAACCAAGUGCAAUAAAUACGCUGAAGAACUUGUCAAAAUGGAGCUGAAGUGGAAAGAACAAGUGAAAAUUGCUGAAAAUGUAAAACUUGAACUAGCUGAAGUAGAGGAUAAUUACAAAGCUCAGUUGGCAGAGAAAGAGAAAGAAAUAAAUGGUCUGGCUUCAUAUUUGGAAAAUCUCUCAAGGGAGAAGGAACUUACAAAGAGUUUAGAAGAUCAAAAAGGAAGGAAAAUGGAAGGCCAGAGCCCUCAACAAGUCUCAAGGUGUCUCAACACAUGUUCUGAGCAAAAUGGGCUCCUUCCUCCACUGUCAAGUGCACAGCCAGUUCUUCAGUAUGGCAACCCUUACUCAGCACAGGAAACAAGAGAUGGGGCAGAUGGUGCUUUUUAUCCUGAUGAAAUCCAAAGGCCACCUGUGCGAGUCCCAUCUUGGGAAGACAAUGUUGUCUGUAGCCAGCCUGCUCGAAACCUUAGCCGGCCGGAUGGUUUAGAGGACCCCGAAGACAGCAGAGAAGACGAAAAUGUGCCCAUUCCUCCUGAUCCAGCAGACCAGCACUUACGUGGUCAUGGAGCAGGCUUUUGCUUUGAUUCCAGCUUUGAUGUUCACAAGAAAUGUCCCCUCUGUGAAUUAAUGUUCCCUCCUAACUAUGAUCAGACCAAAUUUGAAGAACACGUUGAAAGUCACUGGAAGGUGUGCCCAAUGUGCAGCGAGCAGUUCCCGCCGGACUACGACCAGCAGGGGUUUGAAAGGCAUGUUCAGACCCAUUUUGAUCAGAAUGUUCUCAACUUCGACUAGCUUUUAGUAAGAGGUAGUACAAUUUAGCAGUUACAGAACAACCACAUCUCAGAGGCUAAGGAGACGCCAGGUGUCACUUUCAGGCUCCCCCUCUACACUUCCCUGAUGAUGGAGAACUUCUUUAGCGUGUGCUGUCACCAGGGCCAGGGUGCAGCUUUGCCUACAGUAAAUACAGUUUGAAUCUCUGUUAAUCUGUCUGCUUUAAGACAAGUGCUUCUGGGUUUGUAUCUCUCUUUAUCCUCCAGUUAGCAGAAGUGUAUGAAGAACACAAGAAUUAUUUUAAUGUUACGGAAUUGCAAACAUAAACAUGUAGUAGUUAGUUCCUCAGCACAAUCACAUUUACAAGUUUCUGUUCACCUUGGCGAUUGAGCAUGACUACUGUUAUGUAAUAAAAAGCAUUGAUCAUAACAGUUCUGUGAAAUAAUUCUUUGAAUAUAGAAAAACCCUUACUCAAUGAAAUGAUAAAUCUUACUUAGAUGUGGAGCUGCAAGAAGAAUGAGAUAAGUGGUGUGAAGAAACCCUUUUUAUAUGGGAACACUGGCUUAGGAGUUGAUAUAAGGCAUAUUUAGAUAAUUUUAUGAUAACAUUUUAGCAUAAUCUAGAUGACUAUUUUUAAAUGAUUGAGUUUGUAUUUAUAACUAGCUAUAAUUGUAUUUAACUAUAAUGGACCAAAAUAAAUCAAGGCAUUAUCUGUUCUCAUUAA